UGGAAAUGCCAUCUUUACCAUCUUCUGAUGGAUUUAAGAGUCCAGUCCAUUCUUCAGGACUAAGUUCCAAGGUCUGUAAUCCCACAAAUCAAUUACUUGAUCACUCCGUCUCCGCCCCUGCUUCAAUUUGCUCUCACAAAUCUAGUCUAGCAGAGAUAGAUCCUACAGCUGUGAAGUCUUUGGAGUCACCAGCUGAAUGUCAGCUAGCUCCAGACCCUCUUCUGUUACAGAAUCUUUCUGAUCAUGCUGCUCGUUCAGCACACAAUGACCAUGCUAUCCAGACUGGAGCCGUAGCCUGUCAUAGUCCAACUAUACCUUCACAGAACACACUUGAAAAAACAGUCGCCGCUGACCGUCUAAUGAAAUAUAAUAUUAAAGAACAAGCCCAUGGUCUGGAAUCUCCUAUGGAAGUGACAAGAGAAGGCAGUUUGGCUGACACCACCAGCAAGCAUGGGCAGCAGGCAGUUCUAGAUGUACCAUUGCCUUCAGAACAGCUGGAACUGAACCAAAUGAAUGAGUUUCCUUUGGAUCUUCAGACAUACAAAGAACCAGUGAGUGAACAAUGUCUGGAUAAACAGAAUGAACCAACUGAGCCAGAACAUUCUUGUAAUGUCAGUGCCCUUGAGUUACCUGCUGUGGGGGAGCAAGGCCUUACGAACAUCCAGCCAGAAUCACCCAUUGACUCUCUUACUGAGAGAAGAAAAAGUGGGCUGGAGAAUAUAGAGCUUUCGUGUGGGAAAGAAAAUAUCCCAAUGUCAGCAUCCUGUGGCUGUACACAUACAGAAAUCUUCAUGGAAACAGAUGUAGCUGAGCAGUCUGUCAUCACAGUGCAUAGCUUGUCAAGCAAACAGAACGCUCAAGCGAAGAAUAUUGGUGGAUCUGUUCUGAACUUAGAUUGUUCUUUGAUGCAGAUGGAGUCAUCAAAGCAUGACCCCUCUGUGUCUGUAUUUUCGAGUAACCCGGUUUCCACUAGUGAUUUACCGCAGCCUGAAACCAACGUUGAAAUGACUGCAAUAUGUACUGAGUUACCUAAUUUAUCAGCUGAAAAUAGCUCUUCCUCCUCUGACAUUCGUCAGCUGAACGGUGAUACAGCAGCAUCCACUGAAGAGCCAAGUUUAUCUUUAACAGCAGCGUUGAAGGAGCUUCAUGAACUUUUGGUUAUAAAUAGUAAAGGAGAUUCUGUCAUUUUUAUGUCUGAAGAAGACACAGGUCAGCCAGAAACUGUUCUUGAAGAGCAAAUGGAAUGCAAGGAGCUUUCUGAUGAUGAACAUGAAAGUGUGGGUCCAGAGAGUGGGGAUCUAAAUAGUUCUUCUCAUAUGGUGAUGCCUGAACAUGUGAACCCUGAGGGGCUAGCAGGGGCACCAUCUUAUGCUAUGGGAAUAGAAAAUGGUAGCAUCAAGGUUUUAACUAGCAGCCAGUCAACUGUUGAAAAAGAUGCUCUAGAGAUACAGAAGUCAUCAAGUAAGAGUAAUUCUGUCAUUCUGAGCUCCGUUGCAACAUUUGAUCAACUACAGAGUACUGAGCAGGCAGAAAUUUUACCUGAAUGUUUAGUAAAUGACCAAGUUCCAGCCAGUCAGACUUUAGAGCUGAAUAGAUCACGUUCACCUGAGCUCACGAUGGAGGAGGAUGUUCCUCAGGAUACUCAGAGCCUGUUAACAGAAGUGUCUGAAAUAAGUGACAGUUCCUCAAAUCCUGAAGAUCCAAGGCCACCAUGUGGACUUGUUGAGCCAUUGCUCUGCCCACCAAUCAGCAAUCUGGAACUGCGCUCCAGAGCUGCUCCGCUGCCUGUUUUCCCUGCAGCAGACAUUAAUCAGAUUCUGUGCGCUGGCUUUACCAUGCGGGAAGCUCUUGAAGCUUUGGAGCAAGCUGGUGGAAAUGCAAACCUUGCUCUUCUCUUUUUAUUAGCCAAGAAUAUUGUAGUUCCUACGUGACCAUGGAAAAGAUGGCCUGGCUGCUCCAUCCUCCUUUUAAGGAACGUAUCUAAAUUAUAUAGAAUAACCUGCAAGCUGAAUGUUGUCAGAUUUUUAAAAAAAAAUUAUUUUCAGCCAAAGUAAUUUAUGAUCUCUUCUGUGUGUGUCACGCGUUAAAUUUGGGCCUUUUAAAAGAAAAGUCUUGGCAUUGUGUAAACACAUUAGCUUUGAAUUUUCCUUGAGAUGGUGCAUACUGGAAUAAAAUUGUUUUUAUU